AUGAUAGAACAGCAGAAGCGUAAGGGCCCAGAGUUGCCACUGGUCCCAGUCAAGCGGCAGCGACAUGAAUUACUGUUGGGAGCGGCAGCGUCAGGCCCUGGAGCCGGGCAGCAGCAGGCGGCGCCGGGAGCUUUGCUGCAAGCGGGUCCUCCAAGAUGUUCCUCCCUUCAAGCCCCAAUCAUGCUUCUCUCAGGACAUGAAGGGGAAGUGUAUUGCUGCAAGUUUCACCCCAAUGGAUCCACCUUAGCAUCUGCAGGAUUUGACCGACUGAUAUUGUUGUGGAAUGUCUAUGGUGACUGCGAUAACUAUGCUACAUUGAAGGGACACAGUGGAGCAGUGAUGGAACUUCAUUAUAACACAGACGGCAGUAUGCUCUUCUCAGCGUCCACAGAUAAGACUGUGGCGGUGUGGGAUAGUGAAACAGGCGAGAGGGUGAAAAGACUGAAGGGGCAUACUUCCUUUGUGAAUUCCUGCUACCCGGCCAGGAGGGGCCCCCAGCUUGUCUGCACGGGCAGUGACGACGGCACGGUUAAGCUUUGGGAUAUCCGCAAGAAAGCAGCUAUUCAGACAUUUCAGAACACCUACCAAGUGUUAGCUGUGACUUUCAAUGAUACAAGUGAUCAGAUUAUUUCUGGUGGAAUAGACAACGAUAUCAAGGUCUGGGACCUGCGCCAAAAUAAGCUGACCUACACGAUGAGAGGUCAUGCAGAUUCAGUGACUGGCCUGAGUUUAAGUUCUGAAGGCUCUUACCUCUUGUCUAAUGCAAUGGACAAUACAGUGCGGGUCUGGGAUGUCCGGCCAUUUGCACCCAAAGAGCGAUGUGUGAAGAUAUUUCAAGGAAAUGUACACAACUUUGAAAAGAAUCUUCUGAGAUGUUCUUGGUCACCUGAUGGAAGCAAGAUAGCAGCUGGCUCGGCUGACAGGUUUGUCUACGUCUGGGAUACCACAAGCAGGAGGAUUUUGUAUAAGCUACCGGGCCAUGCCGGCUCCAUCAAUGAAGUGGCUUUCCACCCCGAUGAACCCAUCAUUCUCUCAGCAUCCAGUGACAAGAGACUAUAUAUGGGGGAGAUUCAGUGA